CCGCAGCGGAGGAUUCAAACGGAAGAUGGCGGCAGGGAAGGAUACUAAUGUGAAGAAGCAAAAUAAAAGGGGCACGCUGUGCAAUGCGAUCAUCAGCCACGAGACCUGCGCAGCGGUCCGCCAGCCAGUCAUCUUCAACCCGGACUUCUUCGUAGAGAAGCUUCGACACGAGCGCCCGGAGGUCUUCGCGGAGAUGGUCCUCAGCAACAUCACGCGCCUCAUCGACCUGCCCGGUACGGAGUUCGCCCAGCUCCAGGGAGAAGUGGACCCCAAACUUCCCAACUCUGGCGGAUUCUUCCGCUCUUUCAACUUCCUCAAGCGCAAAGAGAAGGGAGCUGUUUUUGGAAUGCCGCUGACUGAAGAAGGAAUUGCACAAAUCUACCAGCUCAUCGAGUACCUGAGCAAAAACCUCCACGUGGAGGGCCUCUUCCGGGUCCCAGGGAACAGCGUCCGGCAGCAGGCCCUGAGGGAGAUGCUGGACAGCGGGGAGGACAUCGACCUGGAGACCGGAGACUACCACCCCAACGACGUGGCCACCCUGCUGAAGGUCUUCCUGGGGGAGCUUCCGGAACCGCUGUUGACUCAUCGCCACUACCACGCUCAUCUUAAAGUGGCAGAGCUCACCCUGUUCGACGACAAGGGCAACAAGACAUCUGUGCCGGACAAGGAGCGACAGAUCGAGGCCCUGCAGCUGCUGCUCAUGCUGCUGCCACCUGCCAACCGCAGUCUGCUGAAGCUCCUGCUGGACCUGCUCUACCAGACCGCGCGUCAGCAGGACAGGAACAGAAUGUCGGCCUUCAACCUGGCGCUCAUGUUCGCGCCGCAUGUCAUGUGGCCCAGGAACAUGACUGCCAGUGACCUGCAGGAGAACAUAAACAAACUCAAUAACGGGAUGGCUUUUCUCAUCAAGCACUCGCAGAAGCUGUUCCGGGCGCCUCCGUACAUCAGAGAACUUGCCAGGAUGCAGUUUGCGGGAUCGAAGACCCUCCAGUCUAAGGAUGACCUGGACCUUCUGCCCUCCCAUGAAGCCGAAGACCCAGCGGCCCCCUCCAAGCGCACUUGCCCGGACGUGAGCGCGGGACCCCACACCGAGGAGGCGCUCAAGGAGCUCUUCCGCCACGUCACCAACAUGCCCGACUCCGCCAGGAAGAAGAAGCUCAUCCGCCAGUUUGUGAAACAGUCCACGCCUGGGACACCAGGGUAUGACUGCCAGACGCCCCCAUGCCCAGGCAAGAAGCACCCCCGCUCACGGUCCUUCGGGGGAAUCAUCAAGAGGAAGGUUCUGGGGAACCAGGCGGCAGCAGCGGACAGGAAGGGCAGAGCGAUGCCCUCUGCGGUCAAUGUUCCCUCUAUGAAACAGGGGAAGGAAAACUCGAGCCUGACACCCGUAAGGACACCUGGGUUCUACAGGCCUGCUACCCUCAACAUUGAAUAG